CACAUCGACUGAGAAAGACGUGAACAAGACGCUAAUAAGUCAGUCUUGUAUUAUUUGUUCUCCAGUUUGAAAUAUUUACGUCGUAUAAAAUACAUAUUUUAUUCUUUAUUCAAGGAUAAAGUCGUCUCGAUGCGCUAGAAGCACUGUGCCGCUCCUCCUGCUAUAUUUGCUUGUUAGUUAGCUUAGCUCGCUAGUUAGCUUAGCUUGUUAGCUGCUAACAGAAGACACAGAAGUUAUCAACACAUUGCUAAGUAGAGAUCAAGUGUGAGAGUAAAGUGUUGUGAUUGUGUGAAAAUGUCUACAUUACAAAUGUUGAGAGCGUUGGUGGAUCAGCGACUAACUGCUGCCGCUGAAGAAAUAUUUGUAGUGUUAGAAAGAAAGAUAGCAGAAUACGAGGCGGAACUUUCUAGAGAAAAAGAGGAGAACAAUCAACUACUGGACGCUGUUUUCAAGAAACAUCAAGUUGUGUUACACAGAACAGACGUCGAAGAAGAACAUCUUCCUCAUGAGCUGGAAGAAGAGCCACAGCCCCACCACAUUAAAGAGGAAGAAGAGGUACCACAUUCCCAACACAUUAAGGAGGGAGGAGAGGAGCCACAGCCCCCCCAUAUUAAAGAGGAACACGAGACACCACAGACCCGUAGUGGUAAACUUACCCUUCACAUUAAAGGUCAAGCGGAGGACCCACUGAUCUUACACAUCAAAAAUGAAGAGGAGGACCCACUGACCCCUCACUUUAAGGAGCAAGAGAACCCGCUGACCCCUCAUAUUAAAGAGGAAAAGGAGGAUCCACUGAACCCCUACUUUAAAGAGGAAGAGGAGCACCAAGAGCGGCUGCACAUUAAAGAGGAAGAGGAGGAACACGGCAUCAGUCAGCCUAAAUGGUUGGAGGAGUUCCCAGUGACUGGUGUCCCUGUGAAGAGUGAAGAUGAUGAGGUCAAAGGUGAAAGUGAGGAGAAGAGAGAGGCGGAGCCUCCAAGCAGCAGCUCAACACAACACAUGACAACAGAAGCUGAUGGAGACCACUGUGGAGGAUCACAAGCAGACAAGCUCUUAGCUCCACUAUCAGAUAGUGAGGACACAACGUCACACUCUCCUGACACUGAUGAUGAAGACUCUAAAGAUGAUAAGACAUGUCACACUGACAACACUCACUUCAAAUGUUCUCACUGUGACAAAACCUUUAAAUACCAUAGUCUUCUGAAAAGACACAUGAGAAGACACACUGGAGAAAAACCUUUUCCUUGCUCAGUAUGUGGAAAAUGUUUAGUAACUAGUUGCAAUUUGAAAGUACACAUGAGAACACACACCGGAGAAAAACCUUUUAUCUGUUCACUCUGUGGUAAAGGUUAUGUACAAAGUCACAAUUUGAAAGUACACAUGAGAACACACACUGGUGAAAAACCUUUUUCUUGUUCAAUCUGUGGUAAAGGUUUUGCACAAAGUUCAUCUUUGGUAAAACACAGAAGAAGACACACCGGAGAAAAACCUUUUGCUUGUUCAAUCUGUGGUAAAGGUUUUGUUCUAAGUAACAAUUUGAAAGUGCACAUGAGGGUGAAAAAUCACAUUCCUGUUCAAUCUGCAACAGAAGCUUUUGUGACCAAUCAAACCUUGUAGCACACAUGAGAACACACACAGGAGAGAAAGUGUUGAGUUGCAGUGUGUGUGGUGAAAGAUUCUCUUCUAAGUACCAGUGUAAGAAACACAAGUGUGCUGGUGAGAACAGCAGCAGCAAAUGAAACUGCAGGAUUUGAAAUAAACUGUCACAACUUUAAUUUUGACUUUCUAACAACAUCAGCACAUAUAACAUGUGUGACAUUGUUGUUUAAGUAAUAAUGCUGUAACAUGCUUCUAUAUUUAUACACCCAUUUUUUUCCCAGUCCAUUACAUGCAUUAAUAUGCAACAUUGUGUACUUUUACAUUGAUAUAAACUAUUACAAGAAGAACAAUUUUACUAAAAAGGUCUGUAAAUCCAAAACAGUACAAAACAUGUGCUACAUUCAAUUAAUAUUUAGUGUAUAUACAUUUUAUACAAUAUAAUUUCCUUUUGAAAUGUAUGACUAUGUGUAACAGUAACAUUGUUGUUUGUGUAACAAUAUUGUAAUUAUGUUUCUAAAUUUAUAGAUUAGAUAUUUUGUAUUACUGUUUUUUUUUAGUCAAGUACAUGCAUUAAUAUGCAACAUUGUGUACUUUUAUUAAAAAUUUAACAGAACAAUUUGACUGAAAAGGUGAGAGUAAACAGUACAAGACAUAUUUUACAUACAUUAAAACAAUUUAAGUGUAUAUAUAUUCAUCAUACAAUAUUAGACUUUUUCAUAAUAGUGUUUUUUUUAUAGGUGUUUGAAAUAUUGAUGUGUGACAUAUUUGUAUUUCUAAUUAUUAAUGAUCCCAUAGAUUAGCACCUUUAUAUGAUAUACAUAUGACCACUUCAGGAAACAUGAUUUUUUACGUUAUACAUCAUUUGAACAGUUGUCUUUCAUACAGUUUUAAAAUGUGACUUUAUGUGUCAUUUGUUGGGUCUCUGUAAUCAUUUGUAUUAAUUAUCUUAAUUACUCUCUUUUGUAAUAUGAUGAUUGUGUUGUGAUUGUUUUAUAUGUAUGUCCCCAGACCUUUAUGCAAUAUAAAAGUGAGAGAAAAUGGCUGAAUUGUUUGUGGAAGGAUGGUUUUGUUUUUACAAACUUACA